AUGUACUAUGAGAACGCCAUCUUCAAGAACUGUACCCUUUUUAGCAACAUAUUCUCCACUCAAUCUGGAAACAUCUGGAAGUCCCUGAUGUCCGGAACCCCGUACCUCGGCCCCUCAGUGCCGAUAAACGUGUUCAAAUCCGGGGAAAACCAAGACAACGGCCGCUUGUGGAAUUCAUCUUCCCGCGCGAAUCCUCCCACUCUGGACGCGGUCCCAAUGACCGAUGCGGCGUUAUUGCCAAGUAUGGCUGAGAAACUGGAGCGCGGUAAACCAGGUGAUUGGCCGGAUCAUUCGACCUUGGCUAAUGACGCAGCCCGCUCGGCUGUGCACAUUGACGGUUCUUCUUCUUGGUCGCGUACCCCUUUUAGGCUCCUGAGUUUCAUCGUCGUGGUGCCAUCGCCUGUCCGCCGAGAGGAAUCCCGUGCCCUUCAGUACCUCUGUGAAGAAACCGUCUCUCAAAUGACGUUUUUUCGUCAUGAGUUUUGGACGCGGCAAGUGAUGCAGGUUGCCCACUCGGAUGAAUGUAUUCGGCAUUCUCUCGUUGCACUGUCGUCCUACCACGAGUCCUUCUCCAGUCCAAAGCAGGCCAGGCGGAAUCAAUUCGCGUUGCGCCACUACAACAUGUCGAUUAGCGGGAUCCUUGGAUCGCCGAGGACUGCAGAAAAUGCGCACUUUCAUUUAAUGUCGUGUAUCUUGCUUAUCUGCAUCGAGGUACGGGCGGUUAUUGCCCAUCUCAAGGCCCAAAGGGGCCAUUGUCUGAUGCCAGUGCUUUUUUUUGGCUUCGCUGACAGCUUCCUGCGCCGCAUCAUCGCUCAAAUAUACAUGCCCGGCGAGCUGUCGCGCUCCUUUGACUUUACUUCUCUGGCCGACGCCCAACAGGGACUGAGUGAUAUUCGCCUACAGUUCGAGAGGUGUGAUAUGAGGGGGCUCGUGGAAAAGGUCUCGGCCUGGUCCACGGCAUUUGAAGAAUGCAAAUCAUUAAACUCUGCAGCUCUCACAUCUCGAGCCAACAGGAGAGCAGUGGCUUUGCUGGAACUACAGUCGAGGUAUUGUGCGGUUGAUAUUGCCAUCAACUGUGCUGGCCAUCAAGCGAACCAGCUCCUCUGGGAUCGAUACAUUGGCGCCUUUACCGAAAUGCUGGAUUUUGCUGAGAAAGCAAUGGAUUUGCAACAUCCAGACAUGAAAGGUGACGCAAGUUGUUCACCCCAGUUUCAUAUGCACUCCGGUACGGUGCCGGUGCUAUACGGGAUAAUUGCGAAAUUUCGAGACCCGACGAUUCGCAGACGCGCCAUCGGGCUCAUGGCCUCUUGUUCUCUGCAAGAAGGCGUGUGGAACAACAAUCUUGUACUAGGGGUUGCACGGAGGAUCAUGGCCAUCGAGGAGGGGAGUCUUGGUCUAUGGCCGGCAUCAUGCAUAGACAUCCCUGCCGAGCCUAGAGUUCGUUCCACUGCAGUCGCAGCAGGUGCAGGUGAUAACCAGUAUAUGGUUGGCUACCAACUAGGUCGCGGCUGGUGGUGGGAGGGGCUGUCCUGGACUGAGGCGAAACCUCAUUAA